AUGAGGGAAGAGACGGAAUUCAGGGAGAACGAAGCCCAUAGAUCUUCGCAGGGGACUAAACUCGGUGCUGAUACUUGGCUCUGGGAGGCUUUGGCAAUAAUCUUCAGUAUACUGUGCUUUACUGCCAUGUUUUGUGUGGUGUGGGUUUAUGAUCAGCAAGCAUCCCCGAGUCUACCUUAUGGAAUUACACUGAACAGUGUGAUAUCAAUCCUUGGCACUGCUUCUAAAUCCUCGUUGAUAUUUGCCGUGGCAGAAUCUCUGGGCCAGUUGAAAUGGAUCCGUGGACCUUGGGGCUCCGUUGUCAUGCUAUGGCAACAUAAAGGCGCAUCAAUUGCAUCUCUUGGCGCAUUGAUUACCAUUCUAGCGCUUGCCUUUGAUCCUUUCCUUCAACAAGUCUUGACGUUCCCGCUAAGACAGAUACCCAUACGGUCGAGUUCGAACUCUCAUGAUUCCUCGUUCAGUCAAGUUUACAAUAUUUCACCACCCCAUAUCCCCGGGACUGAUUUCGUGUUUUCUAAUGAGAUCCCGGAAGAACUGGAGGCAUACACGACGAACUUCCGAGAUGCUAUUUUGUCCGGAAUUUGGUCUAGUCCACCCCAGAUAAAUCCCACCUGCGCCUCGGCAAACUGUACUUGGGAGCCAUUUCGAUCUGUUGGCUACUGCGCCAAGUGCGCGGACGUCACGAGUUCAGCCAGAUUCGUCGGCUGCGACAAAGUGUCUUUGCCUUAUUCGAUGCCUUUCAAUAGCACGAUAACCCAUGCCCAGUCUAGCAACUGCACAAUCUCCCUACCAGAAGGGAAGCCGCUCCCACUCAAUAUGACCUUCGCAGACUCGAACAACACCCGUGAGAGAAUUUACGAACAGACAAUGCCACGAACUGUGAUCUGGCAGAUUCACAACAUUUCUGAACUUUACCAGCAGAACACAUUCUUGCCAAAUUCUACUUUCCUAGGUGUGGACAACCCGUUGUUAGUCCUCGGGCAAGCUGAGAUCGUAGACGACAUCUCAGAAAAAGACCUCAUUGGACGCCCAGAGCAAGUUGGACGACAAUUGAGCCGAGUCACAGAAUGCGUGUUAUCGCUUUGCUCGAGAACUUACAACGUCUCUGUCAAAAAUGGUAAUCCUAAAGUUGAAGUCUCUUCCCCAGACUUUGGUGAAACUUGGUUUCCUCGUCGUUGGACCUCGGUCAAUUACCCUCAUGCACCCAAUAUGACACUUUCGUUGGACUUUCAAAGAUUAGGACUUUACACUUGGGAUAUGUGUUGGAAGCAAUGGAAAGGUGAUCCAAUGCCAUACCAACCCUUUCCAUACAGCGAAAUUCCGCCUUCUCAGUGGAGCUUUCGUGCCCCGGGUCAGAUCAUUGAGCCUCAGGGGUCUGCCUUCUGCGAGGUCGAUUCUCUUGUGCCAGAUAUUAUACAAUUCAUUGGGGGGACGAUUUACGAACGCUUUGCGAUCUCGCCCCACCAAAUUCACUGGGGUCGCAGUGGUGAGAUAAAUGAUUUCAAUAGUACUGAUGCUUUUGAGCGCGGUGUGAGACUUGGACUCGAAAAGAUCAUGAAUAAUAUCGCGGACUCAUUGACCAACCUGGCUCUGCGGGAGUCAUUGAACAAAAGCUUUGGAACCCCACAUAUUUCAGAGGUUUAUGUGCAAGUCCAUUGGCCAUGGGUGUCUCUACCAGCGGUGGUAAUUAUUGCGUCGUCUGUGCUCCUGAUAUUUACAGCUCGAAUUACCAAGUUGGAAGAUCGUGCGCUGUGGAAAACAUCUACCUUACCUGUGCUGUACCACGGUCUUGAUGAUGAUCUUCUGAAUGAUGCAGAGGAGCACUCUACCCUCAGCAAGAUGGAGACCUCUGCUGACUCUACAAGUGUUGGGCUUGAAUUUUCAGACCCCAAGGGAAAGGUUUUACUACGAAGAUCAUGA